UGUCUUUUGAAUAUAGCCUCAGGCUUCCUGUUUUGCAGGCGUGGAGCCCUGUUGUUCUACAACCUGAUCGAAACAUCUUGUGCUCACUCUUUGCUUUGGCAUGGAGGGAAGCAGAUCAGAAACUUCUGCAGCUGACAUGAGUGAGGAGGUAACGUAUACUUCUGUCAGAUUCUCUCAGGCUUCUCCGCCAAGGGCCAAAGCUUCACAGGAAAAAAGAGCUCCCCAUCUGUGGUCAGCGGUUCUGCUGGGCUUGGCUAUAGGCUUUGGGAUAUUGAGCACCUCCCUAGUGAUUGCUUUGAUUUGGAAGAUGAAUGACUCCUACCCACACUGCCCUGAAGAGUGGGUGGCCUACAGAGGGAGCUGCUACUCCUUCUCCAAGGAGGAGAAGGACUGGAAUUCCAGCCAGGUAUCCUGCUGGUCACAGGGAGCUCACCUCCUGGUCAUCAGUGAUACCCGGGAAAUGGAUCUGUUCAAGCGUAUUCAAACAGAAUGUUUCUGGAUUGGAUUGAGGAACAGCACAAGCUCUGGAUGGAUUUGGGAAGAUGGCUCCAUAUCCAAUUACACCAAGGUCCUCUCUAACAGCCACGUGCAACACUGUGCUGUCCUGAUGAAAGGUCGUUUUCAUGCCUCCAGCUGUGAAUUUCAUGCUCCAUGGAUCUGUGAGAAAUCGCUUAGAUAAAUCCUAUGUGCAUUUUCAUCUCAUAACAAUCUCAUCAAUGGUAUGAAUUGAUCAUUGUCCUGCAAACCAAAGCUUCACACAAGAGCAAUGACUUGCCUUUUCCAUACCAUCACAAAGGUGAUUUGCCCAUAAAUGUAAGUUAUCUUCAGUGGUAGAUCUGUUCUCAGUCCACAUGUGUUAGAUUGCUGCUGUUUGUGACCAGGUGAGACCUUGGACAUAUUCCCUGGCCUAGCCUUUUCCUAUUUGUCCUGUAAGAGCAAACAAAAGCUUUAUCACAACAGGUGUCUUCAGAUCUUUGAGG